UGCUGGUCUUCUGUGGAGUAGAGAGAGCGAGCAGCACAAUAACAAUCAUGGCAAACACAACAGCAGAAGCCGAAACCCGCCAGAGACUCCUGCGAAACGUGAAGAAAGAGGUCAAGCAGAUCAUGGAGGAAGCGGUCACAAGGAAGUUUGUUCAUGAAGACAGCAGCCAUAUCGUCUCAUUCUGCGCUGCCGUUGAAGCCUGUGUGCUUCAUGGGUUGAAGCGGAGAGCUGCUGGCUUUUUAAGAAGCAACAAGAUAGCGGCACUCUUCACAAAAGUGGCCAAAAAUUUCCCUCCGGCUGAAGAGCUGUGCAGAAAAGCCCAGGAGCUGGAGCUGGUCUUUGAGAGCAGGCGAAGUCAGUCUCUCUCAUACAGUGAGAGCACCCGGAAGAUGCCCAAAGUCCUGAACUUCUCUCCUCAGGCCGUCAGACAUGUGUGGAUCCAUGCUGCACUCCUUGAGAAAGUGCUGGACAAGAUUGUACUGUACCUGGUGGAAAACAGCAGUAAGUUUUAUGAAAAAGAGGCUAUCCUAAUGGACCCAGUUGAUGGCCCAAUCCUCGCUUCUUUGCUAGUGGGCCCCUGUGCAUUAGAGUACACUAAAAUGAAGACAGCAGAUCAUUUCUGGACAGAUCCUUCAGCUGAUGAGUUGGUGCAAAGGCAUCGUAUUCACAGUGGCCACUGCCGACAAGACUCGCCUACAAAGAGACCAGCCCUCUGCAUUCAGAAAAGGCACUCCAGUAGCAGUAUGGAUGAAAGGCCAUCUCCCUCCCCCUCCGCCAGAGACUGUGAGUCUCUUCAUCAGAAUUCCAGAGCGACCCUCCUGUUCGGCAAGAACAAUGUUCUGGUGCAGCCGAGGGAUGAUAUGGAAGCAGUCCCAGGAUACCUCUCUCUGCACCAGACGGCUGACUGCAUGACUCUGAAAUGGACGCCAAAUCAGCUAAUGAACGGCUCCGUGGUAGAUCUUGACUAUGAGAAAAGUGUUUACUGGGACUAUGCCAUGACCAUCCGCCUGGAGGAGAUUGUGUAUUUGCACUGUCAUCAGCAGGUGGACUGUGGGGGAACAGUGGUUCUGGUUAGUCAGGAUGGGAUUCAGAGACCUCCGUUGCGUUUUCCUCGUGGUGGUCAUCUUCUUCAGUUCCUCUCCUGUCUGGAAAAUGGUCUGCUCCCUCACGGCCAAUUAGACCCACCACUGUGGUCCCAAAGAGGAAAGGGUAAAGUAUUUCCUAAGCUAAAAAAGAGAUGUCCACAAGGAUCGUCAGAGUCGGUCUCGGACAAAGAAGAGGAAGAAGCCACAGAUUAUGUCUUCCGCAUUGUUUUCCCAAACAGCCAGUCAGAAUUUGUGGCACCUGAAUUGAUAGAUCAGGGAGCAAAUAUGUGGCACCCGACACCAAGGAAAUCAUCGUGCUCUUCCUGCUCGCAGAGUAGUUUCUCUGAUGGAGCACAGCCCAAUGGGUGCAACCAUGAAAGGACCCCUCUGAAGUUGCUGUGUGACAAUAUGAAGAACCAAAUCAUCUCCCGGGCUUUCUACGGAUGGCUGGCGUACUGUCGUCACCUGUCCACGGUUCGCACUCACCUGUCUGGCCUGGUCAAUCACACUAUUGUGGAGCCAGAUGUGCCCAGUGACGCUUAUAGUGGCCUCACAACAGAAGUGUGGCAGAAGUUUCUUCAAGAUUGCAGUACCUAUGAAGAAAAGGAGUUGCUUCGGCUAGUUUAUUUCGGUGGAGUUGAGCCUUCUUUACGGAAAGAGGUUUGGCCCUUCCUGUUGGGUCAUUACCAGUUUGGAAUGUCGGAGACGGAGAGAAAAGAGGUGGAUGAGCAGAUGCGAGCGUGCUAUGAACAGACUAUGAGUGAAUGGCUGGGUUGCGAAGCCAUUGUUAAGCAGAAAGAGAAAGAACAGCACGCAGUGGCAUUAGCCAAAUGUUCAUCUGGGGCAAGUAUGGACAGCACCACACAGAGAAUAAUGCACCGCGACUCCACUAUCAGUAAUGAGUCCUCGCAAAGCUGUAGUUCUGAAAGGCAAAGAGAUUCCAGGCUUCAGAGUGACUCCAGCAGUGGCACCCAGGUGUUUGAGUCUGUUGAAGAGGUCGAGCAAAUCGAGUCUGAGCCCAAGAACGACGAUGUCAAACAGGUUUGCAAAAUCUCAAACGGAACUCCCCAAAAUGGCACCAGCUCUCCAGACUCCGGCCACCCCUCUUCCAGAAACUUCUCUGUCACCUCCGGUCAGUCAGACUCCUUGAGCACAGAAGACAGCGGGAUACAUGAGCCAAACCUUAAAACCCAACCGCAACUAGCAGCAUCAAAGGAAAAGGCUGCGAGUUGCAGAGAGGAAGGUAAGGAGACUGAGGAACCUGAGACCAAAAUGGUGAUGAAACAGGGGGUAAGAGAAGAUAAUAAAACUGAGCUUAACAAAGUGUUAUUAGAUGAAGUGGUUACAGAGGAAAGCAAAAAGGCCACUGAGGACUCUGAAGUCAAAACGGAUAGUAUAAAAACAGCCCAAGAUGCCUUUGUGGCUUCUACAGCAGCUCACAGCCCGAUGACCAAAAUGGAAGUGGGCGAAUCUCCAGAGAGAUGUUUGACAUCGGGAAAUGAAGCACCGACACGGCAUACUGAGCCAGAUAUUCCCAAAGCAACAGAGGUCAUGGAAUCGACUCCUGCAGAGCGGAAGAUGAAUGAGACUCGAGUAAGAGCGGACAUUGAAAGGCCCCACAAGGGAAUUAAAGAUAUUACAGCAAUCCGAGAGCAACCUUUGAUAGCAAAAGAUCUUAAGGUAUCAGAUGUGCUUGAACAGAAGGUUGUAGCUGACAUUCGGGUGUCUGUUUCAAAGGACAACGAUACAGAGAAAGAAACAACGAAAACCAAUGAAACAAGCAAGGAUAAAGACUCUAAGACAUGGAUGGAUAAGGAGAACAAUGUUAGAGUGUUAAAACCAAUUGAUGAGAAGACCAAUGAUUUAGCUGAUGAAGCUGGACAGACAGGAAAAAGAAAAGCAGAUAUGCAAAGGAAAGCUCCUGUGGUUGAGGAGACUGUCCCUUUGGUCCAUGAAGCUUUUAGCAAUAGAAAGAUGAGUGAAGCCCAAGAUGAAACCGAGUCAGACGAGUCUCCCUCUGCCAUCGAGAUGGAAGAGAUUCCUUCGGCUAAAGUGUGGGAAAGGAAAAGUUCACCCAAAAGAAGAACAACUGAGCAAGCAACUAUUCCUGCAUUGAAGCUCCGACUGGAGGAAGCUCAUGGAAAGCCCAACUCUGUAGAAGUGAACCCUGAGGAGCCGGAGAUGGAGAGUCUUUGCCCACAACUUGAUUCACUGGCUGUAAACACAGAGAAGAUUGAAGCUUCCUCUCCGGUUUCCUCUAUAGGGACCACUUAUUCUCAAGAGCUUUUGGACAUGUACACUCUAAAUCUGCAUCGCAUAGAUAAAGAUGUUCAGCGCUGCGACCGGAAUUAUUGGUACUUCACACCUGCUAACUUGGAGAAACUGCGCAACAUCAUGUGCAGUUAUGUUUGGCAGCACCUUGAAAUUGGAUAUGUCCAGGGCAUGUGCGACCUACUCGCUCCCCUGCUAGUUAUUCUGGAUGACGAGGCCAUGGCUUUCAGUUGUUUCACUGAACUAAUGAAAAGAAUGAAUCAGAAUUUUCCUCACGGAGGAGCGAUGGACACUCAUUUCGCCAACAUGAGAUCUCUGAUCCAGAUUCUAGACGCAGAGUUGUUUGAGCUGAUGCAUCAGAAUGGAGACUACACUCACUUCUACUUCUGCUAUCGCUGGUUUCUUCUUGACUUUAAAAGAGAGUUGGUGUAUGAUGAUGUGUUCGCUGUUUGGGAGACCAUCUGGGCUGCUAAGUGUGUUUCCUCCAGCCAUUUUGUGCUCUUUAUUGCUCUUUCGUUGGUGGAGAUCUACAGAGACAUCAUCCUGGAGAACAAUAUGGACUUCACUGACAUCAUCAAGUUUUUUAAUGAAAUGGCUGAGCAUCACAAUAUCAAGCAGAUCCUGACUCUGUCUCGAGACCUGGUGUGCAAAGUGCAGACACUUAUAGAGAACAAGUAGCUCUGAAACCUCUCGUGUUCACAGAUGUAUCCCAUCAGCCCUUACUGCAAAACAGGGAAUAUUUGACCAAAUCAGUUUCAAGUAGGUAUAGUGAAACAUUUACAAUGCCAACUAUUUCGAUCUACCUGCAGUCAGUCAGUGUGUAAUUAUUAAGAGUCGUUUGGCUCUUUGAUCAGGUUUUACUAAACAUCACAGUACAUUACAUUUUAUAAGUAGGUGCUGCUAACGAAUAACUGUAUGACACUGAAUUUGAUCUGGUCUUAAAUGCAGUCAGGAUUACUGGUAAUUUGUAGGCUUCUUUCAAAACCAAGUGAGCUGCCUUGCUAUUUAAUGCCUACAUUAACUGAAACAGAACCUCAAAAAAGACUAGGAUAACGUGAAACUGAUACGUAGCUCACACAAAUACUGGGUGACAGAGCCUGUGUUUAAUCAGAUUCAACUUUUUGACUAAUACUUAAGUAUUUAUUGAUAUUUCUUGCAUUGCCUACCAUGGAAUUAAUAGACUGACUCAUGUCGCGGUGCAUUCUGGGAUUGUUUUCUCCAUACAUGCAGUGCUGCCUUAGAAUCUGAACAGGAGGAACGUAUCAUAGAAGGCAGAAGUGUGCCUAUGGUGCCUUAAAAAUGCUGCCUAUGUAGAGCUCACUAGGUUUUGAAACAGAAAAGAAGUUCGGGACAGGUACAUUUUACUGCUAAAGCUGCCUUUUCACUAUCUCUGACAAGCAAAAAGCAGGCCAAAAGUCUUUUUUAUUUUGGAUCAGAUUUGAGCACCAUUUGGGUUAUGCGACUGUCCAACCAGAAAUGUUGUAUUUAAUAAGCGCUAUGUUAAUAUUACUUUAUUUUACCAGUAUUUUCCCUCUAACAUUAUCAAGAAAAUGCUGUUUCUAUAAAAUGCUGGUUAUGAAUAAGUCACAGAAUUUUUAUGUGAGAAUUAAUUGACCACAGGGGCUUGACUUGGAAUAGACCAUUUCAAUGUGGUCAUGUCACUGGCUCAUAAACAUUUCCUGCUUGUUAUCAAACUACUUCAUAACUGUAACAAGAGGCAAUUCAAUCAAAACUUGACGGUAAAACAGCUCUCAUAACAUUAUUUAUCAAUGUGUGGCUUUUUUUGGAUUAUCGGAAGCUAUGGAAAUUAAAAAUGUAAAACAGGAAAUACAUUGGGACCAUUGUUAUUGUUUACAUCCUUCAAAAUGGUGUAUACCUGGAAUAACCGAGGUGUAUUUUCUAUUAAUUCACUGGCUCAAUUAUUCCACUUACACCUAUGGUUAUCACUCCUAAAGACACUGUUAAAAAUGUUGUAUUUCAAGACAUUUGUCAGCUUUUGUCCUCAAAGUGCUCCUGUGUAUAGGACUAGUUUCUUACACGUCAUCCAGAACCUUCUGUUUUGUUUGGAUUAGGAUUUUUGACAGUUUUAAACAGUGAAAUGACUGAAAUCAUUCAGCAUAGUGACAUGGAACUGUAAUGUGGUUAAAAAUCUGACUGGAACAACUACUUAACCUGUGUGUUUAUCUAAAAAAAAACUGCCCAUCAUAGUUUAUUUCAAAUGCAGAUGUGUGGCAAGCAAGUGCAAAUAGAGAGCGAUGCGCUCUCUUUUUCCAGGCAGCAAGUUGAAAACAUCUCAACUUUACAGAAUGCCACUAGUGCACUAAACAUCGUGUGACAAGAGCCGACUAAUCAGCUUUUCCUUUUGUGUGUUAAACAUUUCAGUUAUAACAUAAUAAUUACCUCAACAAACACAGAGCAUGCAAACACUGCAGCACUUUUCUUCUUUUUUUAUGAAAAUAAAGCAUGUAUCAGAGUUAAAGCAAGGGUUUGUCAGUGGUGGCUCCUUGCACUGUGAAAAAUGUUUAGUCAGUUCAACAAAAAACAAAUACAAAACAUAAUUCUUAUUUCCUUUGGCUUUUUCUUGUUCACUCAACUUUUGAAAACAUCAGCUGCACUAACUUAAAAACUUUGUCAGUAAUACAAAAAACAUUUAGUUGGGUUAACAUCAGAUUAUUUGUUUCUGGAGAGGUGAACUAUGUAACAAAACUUUUAAGUUGUGCCAACUGAACAUUGUUUUGUCUGCAGAACUGGAAUGCCUGAAGUAUAUUAUCAGAACAAACAAACAUAGUUCAAUAAAAAAAAUAAAUAAAACAGAGACUAAUGUUGACAAAACAUUUAUUAAGACACAGAAUUAGAAACAGGACAGGAGGUAAAACAACAAUAACGAUAAACAAGACAAGGAUCAAAACAUGGCAGGACAAACAGGGAAACAUGCUUUGUAAUGCUGCACAUGUGAAGCAUGCCUUCCUGUUUUUUCAUUUAAACUAUGUUUGUUUGUUCUGAUAAUGUAUUAUUUCUUAGUACCAAUGUCCAAAAGAGUUUUUUUGUUCACUCAACUUCAGACAUUUUAGGUCAGUGCAACUGAUGUUUUCAAAAGUUGAGUACACGUCAGCGCCAAUUGUGUAGUGGUUAGUGUGUCGACACAUGGCAAUCCGGUGUUCAAGGCGACCCGAGUCCGAUUCCUGCCUCGAGGUCCUAUGCCGAUCCUUCACCUCUCUCCUCUGCUCAAACUUUCCUGUUUAUACUAAGUACUGUUCUAUCAAUUAAAGGUUAAAAAAAUGUGUAGUACACGAGAAAACACGAAAGGAAAUAAGGAUUAUGUUUUUUGUUCACUCACCUACGAAAAAUGUUCAGCUGGCCCAAUUUAAAGUUAAAGUUUUGUUACAGAGUAGUCUCUCCAGAAAAUUAAUAAUAUAAUGUUAAACCAACUAAAUGUUUUUGUAUUACUGACAAAUUAUUUUAGGUCAGUGCAGCUGAUGUUUUCCAAAAGUUGAGUGAACAAGAAAAAGCCAAAGGUAAUAAGGAUUACUGACUUAAAUUUUACAGUGGAGAGCACAGCUGAUGACUGGUAAGCAACAUCAGAUGCCACAGGAGCGCAAGUUGAAUUUGGUAGAGGAAACUGUGCGUCUCACAUUCUCCAUUUAGAUUUGAUGUGAUAUGUGAAAGACUCCAGGGAAUGUUCACCAGCCAAUCAAAAUCAAGCAUUCAACAGCCUCAUAGUAAAAGUAAGGGAUUGUUCUCGGAGAAUAAAGCCAUGCAUUCUUUUUCACGUAGGGCUCCUGUAUAAGUAUAAAGGACUUAAUUCUGCAAAAACAACUCGCUAGAUGUACACUAUCCUGAUAAUUACACCGCUGCUACUAUUUCUAAUGAAGUAAACAAUUAGACACAAAAUAAUGAUCUAAGCUCUAAUAGUUAACUCUUUUUUUUUUUACAUGGAAAGCUUGCCACAAGAUGGUGCCAAACAGUCAAGAAUGGUUAUGUGACAGAUAAGCAUGUAUGUGAAUAUAUUCACUUACAGUCAAGAUCAGAGGUGACCAAAGCAGGGCCCGCAAGCCAAAGUUGUCUCAUGGUAACCUUUGAUUUGGCCCACCAUCCCAUCUGAAAGGAGAGGGAGAAUGAUGGGGAGUUGGUUGAGGUAAAUUGCUUUGACAGAGAUCAUCAUUUCGUAUCGAACUAAAUCUUUUGUUUCUUUGUUUAAUUGAGGAGCUACAAAAAAAGCCAACUAAAAUUAAAUGUUUCAUUUAAAUGAUGUUAAUAAAUCAGACUUUUAAAAUGUAAAUACUGUCAGGUAGAGGACAAUGCACAAGACAUCGGUGAGCAAAUCAAGACAAAGGCAGAAGCAGCUCCACUAGCGUAUUCAGCAUUGAACUCCAUUGUGUUAUAAAUAGGAUUGUUUAUGUUUUUACUAUAAUAAGUUCAUUAUA